CAAAAAAUUCUCUGAACCGCACAGCGUCGGAUCGCAGCCUAACAACAACGAAAUGCAUCCUCCUAAAAUAACGACCAGUCGUUGCCGUGCCGUUUCUCGUUGCGACGUGGCUCUUGUUGGCGCGGCAGUUCCAUCCUCCUCGGCCGGCGCCCGCGAUGGAGAUGGGAAUACACAGUACUCCGUAAGCUCAACAGAUGGAACAGCGAGCCCCUUGGCUGUGCAUACCUCCCUCCACAGCAUCACGCAAGCCUCGUUAAGGGAUCUGAACGUCUAGUCCCUCGGUACAGCCGCCAUCCGUCCUGCAGAUACAGUAGAGCCGCUGAGCAGGUGAGGGGCUUGCCGAAGAGUCAACACGGGACACGUCGCGUGACCUCGGUGUCAACUGUUCAUGUCUUCGCCUUCAGUCAUACCAUCUGAAGCACAAAAGGAGAUUCGUCACCACAUUUCUUUGAGCAGCACGACGCGUUCCCAUGACACGAAAUCACCCCAACGUUGUACGGUGCGGCCCUUCAACGCACCCGGCCAAUAGACGUUGGACGGUGAUGGCCCGGACAAAGCUGAAAGUACA